UACAACCAUCAGUCCCUCCCCUCUCCCUGGUUAUCUCUCGCCUUGACUAUUGUAACUCACUCUCUGUCAAUCCAAUCCCACCACUGGCCUCCACCCCUGUCUGCAAAUCCCUCCGCUGGCCUCCACUCAGUGUCCUCUAACCCUCUCUACCAAUCCCUCCGCUGGCCUCCAGUCAGUGUCCUCCAACCCUCUCUGCAAAUCCCUCCACUGGCCUCCACUCAGUGUCCUCCACCCCUGUCUGCAAAUCCCUCCGCUGGCCUCCACUCAGUGUCCUCUAACCCUCUCUACCAAUCCCUCCGCUGGCCUCCAGUCAGUGUCCUCCAACCCUCUCUGCAAAUCCCUCCACUGGCCUCCACUCAGUGUCCUCCAACCCUCUCUACCAAUCCC